CGUUCUAGCAAAACGAAGAUACAGCACACCGUUAGCGAAUCAUCUGAAAAUAGCAAAACGGAAAAAGGUCUGUAAAAGGUACAUAAACUCCCCUUCAAUUGAGUUAGUAUCUUAAUCAUACUCCACACAGAGCCGCUGCUAGUCGAGUGUGAAUUUGGAUCGAAUUUGUCACUUUAACUAGUCUAGAUCAACUCACUGUGAACAACCCAUGAAGUGGCCGAGAAUGAUGAUCUCGUCUCGAAAAUCAAACAUAUCGCUCUUCGUUGUAUCCAUCGAUCAUAACCUUCCAGGGCAGCCGGGUUCUCCUCAUCAACCGCAAAACAUGUUUCAUUCCAAUGCAGUUAGUAAGGACGCUGCUAAGCAGAAGGUAAAAUUAUGAGAAGAACAUCAGAUCAAUCUCAAUCCUUCGCGGCAGAACGAUCUUCGUUUUGCGGAAAAGGUGAGAUACGAUACACUAGGAGAGCCGAAGCAGUGCACACCUCAACGACUAGUCGCAUCCACACACGAACCCCUGUUCUAUCAAUGUGCCUCUCCCGUCUCCCGACAAAAUUCGCCCAAAAGUGGCCAUUUUAUAGGGAAUAUAUACAUUGAGUCUGCCUGACAAGCGGACACUUCCAAGCUGUGGCUGACGUACGUUGUGCUUCGAGGUUGUAUGGUUCCAAUAUCUGGUCGAUGUAUCCUUUCCUAAAAUCAAUUUCUGGCACGGCAAAGGUGCACGAGAAACAAAAUUAGAAAAACAGACAACCAAUUAAUUAUGGUUAGCGUGGAGCGGUGAGUACAGGAUCCAUCGAAGGAAAGCAGAUCAUUCUGCUUAAACAGAGCGGCUUCUGACUGCUGUUUAGUUUCGUUUUCCGAUCAGAACUGUUGAUGUUGAUGUGUCCUGUAAGCUUUAUCUUGAAACGUGCAUUUGAUUAAAACGUAAACUACUCAAUCUUGAAACUGUUAAACUGUUAAACCAAAAGAAAUACUAUACACAUGGUAAACCCAGUAUUUUAAAACAAAAACAAAUGAUUAGCCAUUCUUAGCUGUGCUAUUUUUAACGCGUUCGGUUUGCUGCUAGUGCAGUAGCGCCCGAUGCAUCGCUGUGCAAUUGUUGGUUGAUCCGAGCCUAACAGACCGAUCGCACGCUGAUCGAAUGUUGAUCGAGAGUCAUUAGUUGCUAAUCUCUUACUGUAGUUGUUGAUCUGAAUGGAUUUAAAAACGAAAAACCCUUGAACUAACGUGGCUGAAUCAAGCAAUUGAAAGUAACGAGGAAGCAGCAGGAGGAAAAGGAAAUGGGAAAAGGAGGGACGGGAGGAGAAUUUACGAUGGGAUGAGAUCGAACAAAAAACAUGUCAAGCAUUUGUUGUUAAUCGUACAUUUCGUCUGAAAUCUAAUGAAAUACUCCAUACAUAUCAUUAGCACUACAGGAGACAUUUAACAAAGUAAGGCGCAUGGUAGCCAUGGGUGGCCUCCAGCUAUUGUGUGGUACAGCUACUGAAAGUAAACACUAACUAACACUCUCACCAUCCCUCUAGGACUGGUGCUGGAUACCAUGUUCUAGAGGACCGUUUCAAACGAUGUGCUUGCUAGCCACCUAGUAGGAAAUUCAGUGCAUUUCUUCAGCGACGCCACACAACAAACACACCGCUUUUUGAACAAACACAAACAGACCAUAGUGCACUUUCGUUCCGUACUGCCCAAUGGUAGCAACAACCAAUUUAGAAUCAAACUCCCACACGCAUCCCAAAUGCUGCUCUAUGGAGCUUUAGCGCCGUUUCUCAAAGAGUUAUUUUUAACUUUCCGCGAAAACAAGCAAACCAUUACGUAGGCGUACGAUUACACAUAUCAUGGCGGGUUCUCGUUCAGCACACGAAACACCUAUUGGCUAUCAUUGUCCUGACCCGUUCCCGUUCAAGCCAGCAGCAAGGGGGAGAGCAGUGAAGGCGAACAGGGGACGCAGUGAGCACAGUGUGCUGUUGACGAGAGAGACAUCAAGAGAAAGAGCAAGGUACGCAGCAGGGUUGCUACAACCCUAUCCACAACCAAACCAAUAGAUGUACAUGUAUUUUUAGUGGUUAAGUAAAGUAUAAAUAUAUACACAUAUAUAUAUAUAUACUUAUAAAUAUAUACAUAUAGAGGGAAAGUGGAAAAGUGUGGGAGAGAUCGAAUGAUGAAAGGCUUGUAAAAUAGAUCAGUAAAGUCGGCAACGCCGAAGAGCGGUAGCCUGGGGGGCGAUUAGUUGCGAAUGAUAAGCAGAUUGUAAAAAAAACAACAUCAAAAAUGGUGCAAAUA